AUGGUUGAUAAUGAAAGUAAACCAGCUGGCAAUGGAUACAUUCUUGUAAUGCCAGUUUUAUUUCUCAAUGAACGUCCAUUAUCUUUAAAUGCUGUGACGUGUAUCACGCAUAUCUCCAAACUUCUCGGUACAUUGGAUACGUGGAAAGAAAAGUUGAAAGUUGCUGCAAAGGCUGAAUACAAUAUGAUUCAUUUCACACCUGUUCAAGAACUUGGAAUUUCAAAUAGCGGCUAUUGCAUUGCUGAUCCAAUGCAAUUGAAUCCGAACUUUAGCACCACCGAAAAGCAGUAUACAUAUGAUGAUUUGGCAAUAUUGAUCGAAAGCCUUGAAAAAGAUUAUCAUUUAUUAUCGAUGCAAGAUGUUGUAUGGAAUCAUGCAGCUCGAAAUGCCUCAUGGCUUUUAGAGCAUCCACAAUGCGCUUAUAAUUUAAAAAAUAGUCCACAUUUACGGCCAGCAUAUAUCCUUGAUCGUCUAUUAUAUCAUUUUGGUAUCGAUAUUAUGAAUGGAAAAUAUAAAGAUCGAAAUCUUAACAAGGAAAUUAAUACUGAUGAACAUUUAAGAACUAUUCUCGAUAUUUUGCGCAAUGAAAUCUUACCACAAUUACGACUUCAUGAAUUCUUCCAAGUUGAUAUCGAGAAAUUGGUGGCAAAUUUUGAAAAAUAUGUAAAAGAAGGACCGUCAUCUGAAAUACGCGACGAAAUGUUGGAAUCAAAACCGGGACCAUAUUGGAAUCGUUUUGGCUUUACUGUUGAUAUGAAUCAUGCAAAUAAAAUUUUUAAUCGAAAAAGAAGCGAUGCUUAUGAUGAAGGAGACAGAGAACGGAAAUGUUUGGAAGCAUUUCGAGCACAUCUUCAAUUCCUGAAUCAAAGAGCAUUGGAAACGAGUGCAGAAAUUUAUGAAAAUGUUUUGCAAGCAUGUGCCGGACAUAUUAGCUAUGAACGAAUUGACCAUUCGGGACCGCGACGACCCGAACUAACCGAAGAGUGUUGUCUUGUUACACAAUACUUUUUGCAACCAUUUCCAUCACUGACUACAUGGAAAGAUGAGGAAAAAUUUGCAUACGAUGAUGAUAAAGUGGAAAAAAUAAUGGCAUUUAAUGGAUGGGUUAUGAAUGAUAAUCCAUUACAUAAUUUUGCACAUUAUCCAUCGCAGGUCUACUUGAUGAGACAUUUGGUUUGUUGGGGAGAUUGUAUUAAACUGAAUUAUGGUGAAAAACCGGAAGAUUGUCCGUAUUUGUGGGAUUUAAUGAAGAGAUAUACUCAACGAUGCGCAAAGAUAUUCCACGGUUUACGUAUUGAUAAUUGUCACAGUACACCAAUACAUGUUGCUGAGUACCUUCUAAAAGCUGCUCGUGAAAUACGACCAGAUAUCUAUGUGACAGCAGAACUUUUUACACAAAGUGAAAGUUUGGAUAAUAUUUUUGUGAAUCGACUUGGAAUAACUUCUUUAAUAAGAGAAGCUCAAAAUGCUCCAAUAAGUUAUGAACAAGGUCGUUUAAUUUAUCGAUUUGGUGGUGAUAUAUUAGGUGGAUUCAUUCAAAAAACAAUUCAAGAUGCAACAUCUUGUGUAGCGCCAGCUUUAUUCUUCGAUCAAACACAUGAUAAUCCUCCAGCUCUCGAGAAACGUUCCGUUUAUGAUUACGUUCCAACCGCAGCAAUGUUAGCAAUGGCAAAUUGUGGUAUUGGUAGUGUUCGGGGAUAUGAUGAGCUUGUUCCUUAUAAGAUAGAUGUUGUUAGCGAAACACGUAAUUAUACAAAAUGGAAUGAAAUAAGUCAAUCACCUGCUAUUAUACCAGCACGUGCUGCACUAAAUAGAUUACAUAUUUGGCUUGCGGAACAUAAUUAUACUCAAAUUUAUGUUGAUCAACGAACAUCGGAUAUUGUAGCAUUGACACGACAUAAUCCGAUAACUCAUGAGAAAGUUAUCAUGCUUGCAUAUACAGCAUUCAAUAGAGAUGCUAUUUGUUAUGAUUGUCCAGCAAUUGAUGAUUUAAUAUUUACUGGUUUGCUUGAUGAAAUUCUGUUAGAAAUCGAAUUUCACUAUACGUUUAAAGGAAAUCCAGAAAGUGCAGAUAAAAUUGUUGGUUUAAAUGGUGCUAAAGUUGAAAUUCAAGAGCAUCUGAAGAAAAAUAAUUCAAAAUUGGCAGUAAUCGAACAAUAUGAAACAAAUGGCAAACUUCACCUCAAACAUUUUCCUUCCGGUUCAGUUAUUGUGAUAAAGGUAUCACCAAUUAAGAAAGCAACAGAAGCAAUCAAAUUGAUUCGAGAUUAUUUAUCCGGAGAGAAUGAUUUCAUAAAAACCUUUUUUGUGAAUGCAUUAAACCAAUCAACCUUGCAAACUUACAAUGUGCUUCUAUUCCGAUGUGCUGCAGAAGAUUUGGAUGAUUUCGGAUCAAACGCUUACAAUGUACCUAAUUGGAAAAUAUUAGAUUAUUGUGGUUUACAAGGACUAUUACCCUAUCUAAAUGACAUCCGGUCUCAUAAUGACCUUGGCCAUCCGAUAUGUCAAAAUUUACGUGAUGGUUUAUGGCUUUGUGGUUACAUUUAUCAUAGGCUCAGGAAUAAUAAUCCAGUGCUAGCGGAAAUUGCUCGUAUCAUUCGAAUUUUAUUUUUGCCACUUCGUGAAGUGCCAUAUGAUUUAAGGCCUUGCUAUUUUGAAGCAUUAUUUUCGCUAAUUUAUAAAACAACAUUGGAACAAUUGAUGGAAAAAUUAAGUCGACCAUUUGCAACAGCAUCGGAAUAUGUUCAAUCGUUAGCGCUCUCUUCGGUGUCCUUCCUUGGAGCAGUCAAAAACGCCAGAUUAGCAUUAUUACCGGAAGGAUAUAAAACAGAAGAUGAGCAACCUUCAUCACUUUCCGCUGGUUUACCACAUUUCUCGACCGGAUUUUGGAGGAAUUGGGGACGUGACACAUUCAUCGCAUUACCUGGUUGCUGUCUCGUUACCGGCCGAUUUCAGGAUGCACGAAAUUUAAUUCUGGCAUACGGUGGUGCAAUGAGACAUGGAUUAAUACCGAAUCUUUUGGAUGGAGGAUACGGUGCACGUUAUAAUGCGCGUGAUGCUGUUUGGUUCUGGUUGUAUGCUAUCGUGAAAUAUAUUGAAAUGGUACCAAAUGGUACUGAAAUUCUUAAAGAUAAAGUACUGCGUAUAUUCAUUCACGACGAUACAGUUUAUGGACAUGACUUAACUGAACAAUAUCUUGCUGAUACAGUACAAGAAGCACUUAUGCGACACUUCAAUGGAAUUGAAUUUGUAGAGCGCUUUCAUGUAAAAGCAUACGUUGAUCACAGUACGGGUUUUAUAUAUGGUGGCAAUCUAUACAAUUGCGGUACAUGGAUGGAUAAGAUGGGAAGUUCCGAAAAGGCUGGUAAUAAAGGUUGGCCAGCAACACCUCGAGAUGGUGCUGCUGUUGAAUUGCAAGGCCUUUGUUUCGCAGUGAUUGAAAAAUUAGAGGAACUGUAUCGGAAAAAACUCUAUCCAUACGAGGGUGUUUUUACUGAAAAUAAAGAAAUAUGGACAUGGCAAAAAUGGGCGUGUAUUCUGAAAAACAAUUUCGAAUGCUUUUUUUAUGUGACUGAUGAUGAUUCAUCACAAUAUGUAAACAGACGUGGCAUAAUUAAGGAUACGUAUGGUUCCACGCAAGGUUAUACGGAUUAUCAAUUAAGACCAAACUUCUCGAUUACAUUAUCUGUGGCUCCAAGAUUGAUGAAUUCAGAAAAAGCUUGGCGUGCACUGCAAAUUGCAGAAAAGGAAUUACUCGGACCAUUGGGUAUUAAAACUCUUGAUCCAAGUGACUAUAAUUAUUGUCCAUUCUACAAUCAAGAUGAUGAUAGCAUGGAAAAGAAGAUAGCUCGAGGCUGGAGCUAUCAUCAAGGACCGGAAUGGCUAUGGGUGGGAAUGUUUUUCUAUCGAGCAAAAUUAGCCAUAGCAAAAGUGAUCAGUGAAGAAAAGAAUGAUGCGGAAUUUUACGAGAAAGCUAAACGAUUCGUACGAUCACGAAUGGGUGCUUAUUGGGAGCAUUUGAAGUCUUCAAAUUGGGCAUCACUUCCUGAAUUAACCAAUGCAAAUGGAUCACCGUGUUAUCAUUCAUGUGGUGCACAAGCAUGGAGUAUUGGUUGUAUGUUGGAAACGGUUGAUGAGUUAUAUGAAUUACACAAAAUUUGA